AUGACGUCCGCCGCUCCUCCCCCAAACCAGGCUUUCCAGCCUUCGAGCGGUACCUCGACUGCAACCGCCGGACCCUCGACUCCUAACAAGAGAGAUUUGAAAUCGUGGUGGAAAGGUUUCAAGCUGCCCUCAAAACACCAGGAACACAAUGCAGAAAACCGACCCCAUGGCAUCUUUGGCGUUCCCCUCCGCCAGAGCAUCACCUACGCUAAUGUUGCGAUAUCUCUCGUCGAUGAGAACGGCAAGAGUUACAUUUACGGCUAUGUUCCUAUCGUCGUUGCCAAGUGCGGCGUAUUCUUGAAGGAAAAGGCAACGUCGGUGGAGGGUAUUUUCCGCCUCAGCGGCUCCGAAAAGCGAAUCAAGGAGCUGAAACAGAUCUUUGACUCUCCUGACCGCUACGGCAAGGGCUUAGUUUGGGACAACUAUACGGUUCAUGAUGCUGCCAAUGUCCUCCGACGUUACCUCAACGACCUUCCCGAACCCGUCGUGCCACUGGAUUUGUAUGAGAAGUUCAGGGAACCCUUGCGGGGCGCCACAAGACAAGCGGUCGGUGAUGCUGAGGGCCCGCAAUUCGUCGAGAAUUUUGACGAGCAGGCCGCUAUUGCCAAGUAUCAAAAGUUGAUCACAGAGCUUCCGCCAUUAAACCGUCAGCUGCUGCUUUACAUCUUGGAUUUGCUGGCUGUAUUUGCCGCCAAGUCGGAGGAGAACAGGAUGAACUCUCAGAACCUUGCGGCCAUCUUUCAACCCGGCAUGUUAUCGCAUCCUCAGCACGCCAUGGCCCCUGAGGAAUACCGCCUUAACCAGCAUGUCCUUAUUUUCCUGAUCGAGAACCAGGACCACUUCUUGAUCGGCAUGCAGGGCACGGCUACUGAUGAGAAGACCAAGCAGCUGAUUGAAAAAGGAACCCCCCCACCUGCGGGUGGACCAACUACUCCCAACCCGAAUAGGAAGUCAGGUCUGGGACGGUCUGCAUCUAACGCGAGCGCGGGCGCUGAGAGUGUGAGGAGGGACGGGAUGCUUCGGAGAAACAGAUCAACGUCCUCGCGGCACUCGCAUCAUGACGGUUCAACCACGCCCAACAGCCCUGCGCUCGCCCCGACUCCAAACAGCGGUCUCGGCAGAAGCAACACGGUCCCGUCGAAGAAAUCCCCGGCUCUCCAAGGUGGAAGAUUUAGACGCGAUGCAUCACCGAUUCCAGGAUCAUCCCCUAGGGAGCCCAUGAUCCCCUCUACAACCGAAGAGCUUUCUGAGAUGCCCGAUCAAUCCCCUUCAGCGUCCACUAUCUCACCUGCACCCGCCGCCAUCGGUACGUCUACCUUGGCUCCCAGCGCGUCUGGUACCGCAGGCAGGAGCCAAGAAAGGCUUCUCGAUCCCCAUGAGGCAACCACACCCGCCAAAGAGAGAGGCCUUCCCAGCAUAUUUCAGAGAUCUCCAACCGGAGAGGGCGAGAAGAGGCAACCCAACAAAUUGAAGAAGAAACGUAUACCGGGUAGCUUGAACCCCAGUGCGCAAAGUUCCGCUUCGUCUCUGCCAGGUACGCAUUCUGCUGCCAUUUCGCCCAGUUUUGAAGUCCCCAAUCCUUUGGAGCACGUAGGUGGAUCGAUCCCUGAGCACGAUGCCCUUCCCAUCAGGCCAAACCACCCUGCAGGUGACACUCCUUCGGAGCCUACUCCGCGUGCUUCUCAAGUCCCUUCAACCAAUACUUUGCACCCCGAACAAACCCUCAAGGCUAAGAAGUCGCCACCAACAUCCCUUCACUCAUCUUUCAACGAAGGAUCUGACAUUGAUCAGACUGAAGAGUCAAUCAUGACAACGUCGGCGGAAGCUAUAGAACAGGACAAGGACAAGAAGAGGAGGUGGAGGCUGUCUCGUCAAAGGAAGGACGAUGGUCACCAGUACCCCCCGGUGACAUCGCCUCGCCUAGCAUUCGGGUCAAAUGACAAUGCCGAUGUUAGCACCACUUCAAUUGGUAGCGGCGGAUACAAGCCACGCAAGAGCUUCACUGGCGAGAGCUCUGAACAGCCUAUGCACAACACCGAGAGCCAUGAAUCAGGCAAGGACAAGGACGGCAAGGACGAAUCCAAGGGCCCUAUUGGCUGGAUUAGGAACAAGUACCGAGAGGCGAAGGAGAGUGCUGAACAACGGCGAAACAAGUCUCCUCCAGCAGACCGGCAGUCUUCCUUGGGAAGUUCUAGCAUGAUGUCAGGCAGAGGGAAGAGCUUGGAUAUUCGAAGGGAGCCUGAAGAGAAGGUACAGCACCCAGCUUUACCCACGUCGCCGCCACAACCGGCAGCAUCCCAACCACAAGUUAUUCCGGCACAGGCGCCUCAACCGCAGCCGGCACAGCCGCAGCAAAGUCAAUCUGAAGCUACUCAGCCUCACUCCGCUCAGCCCACGCAACCCCAAGUCCCUUUGCCACAGCCAGCUCAGGCACAUGCAACACAAGCAACGCAACCACAAGCGCAACCCGAAGAAUCGCGGUAG